AUGGGGGAGACUUGGAUCAGAGCUGGAUAUCACAAGUAUGAUUCAAAAUAUGAGUCUGAGUUUCCCGUUUCUGAAAUAAAAUCCUCCCUCUUUACUCAUAUUAUUUGUUCCUUUGCUGAUGUCAAUUCAACCUCCUAUCAGCUUUCUUUGUCACCUGAAAAAUACUUUUCCACCUUCACAGAAACUGUCAAACAAAAGAACCCGUCAGUCACUACACUCCUGUCCAUUGGAGGUGGUGGAGUAAGUAAUAUUAAUUCAACAUUUUCUUCGUUGGCAAGCAAUCCUUCUUCCAGAAAAUCUUUCAUCGACUCUUCGAUAAAAUCAGCUAGGCUCUAUCAGUUCCAAGGCCUGGACCUGUCUUUGUAUCCUGGACAAUUAGGCUCUGAUAUGUUUAAUAUGGGAGUUCUCUUUAAAGAGUGGCGACAGGCUAUCGCUUUAGAGGCAACAAUCUGCAGAAAGUCACAACUGAUCUUAACAGCAUCUGUUGAUUAUUCGCCAUCGACACCUUCAAGAAGUUACCCGGUAGACUCAAUAAAAAAAAAUUUGGAUUGGGUUCAUGUUGUAGCUGCUAGGUACACAAAUCCUGAAUGGAGUAACUUUACGGGGGCUCAUGCCGCUCUGUAUGAUCCAAGUAGUUCUACUAAUACUGAUAACGGUAUAAGGCAAUGGAUUGAACAAGGAUUACCAGCUAAUCAAUUGGUUUUGUGUUUGCCUUUCUAUGGCUUUGCAUGGACGCUAAAGAAUCCUGAGGACAAUAGUUUUGGUGCAGCAGCAACCGGACCAGCUAUUUUUGUUAAUUCAACACGUGGAUAUAUGCCCUACAAGGCAAUCAAGAAUUACAUUGCGGAAUAUGGUUCGAAUGUACUUAUAAUGUACAAUGAUACUUAUGUGAUGAAUUACUGCACAAUGGGGACAUAUUGGAUUGGUUUCGAUGCCGUUGAGGCUAUCAAAAAAAAGGUUUCUUAUGCUAAGGAUAAAGGUUUACUUGGUUACUAUGUGUGGCUAGUCUCCUAUGAUUUGAAUUGGGAGCUUUCUGAAGCUGCUGCAGAGAGUCAUAAGCCUGGAAUGAACAAGAGGCGUCGGCUAGUUAUCGUUUUGACGACAAUAGCGGUUGUUAUUCUUCUGCUUGGAAUAUUGUCGAUGAUCUAUUAUUGCUGGAAGAAAAAGCUGAUCAAAUUACAAUUUAUAGGGAGGAUUGUGGACAUGGCUAAACGAUCCAAGGAUAAAGAAAACAGAGCGAAAGCUAAUGACGAUUUUAGUAGCUGUGUUCCUAAUCUAAAAGAGUAUACUUGGACUGAGAUUGAGGCAGCUACCAAUUGCUUUUCAACUGAAAAUAAGCUUGGACAAGGUGGCUAUGGACCUGUUUACAAGGAAUUCAAGAAUGAAGUUAUACUUACGGCAAAACUCCAACAUGUAAAUCUUGUUGGAAUUUUGGGUUAUUGCACUGACAAAGAAGAGCAUAUGUUGAUCUAUGAAUAUUUGAAAAAUAGAAGCUUGGAUUAUUAUCUUUUUGGUAUGGACCGAUGUAGCCAACUUACUUUGAAUUGGAAAAAACGGGUGCACAUCAUUGAAGGGAUUACUCAAGGACUCUUAUAUCUCCAAGAAUAUUCAAGAUUCACUAUUAUUCACCGAGACCUUAAAGCUAGUAAUGUUUUAUUAGACGAAAACAUGAAGCCUAAAAUAUCAGAUUUUGGUAUGGCUAGAGCUUUCGCAAAAAGUAAUCUUGAAGCAAACACAGGAAAAAUUGUCGGAACAUACGGCUAUGUUCCUCCUGAGUACCUUGAAAUGGGCAUAUACUCUACCAAAUCAGAUGUUUAUAGUUUCGGUGUUCUACUUCUAGAAAUCAUGAGUGGGAAAAAAGUUUCCAUUUUAUAUGCCACUGAAAAUGGAAAAUUAAACCUUCUAAAGUAUGCAUAUGAGUUGUGGAAGGAUGGAAAAAGCACGGAGUUUAUGGAUCCAUCACUUGAUGAUACAGAUUCGUCAUGUAAAUUAAAGAGGUGCUUGCAAAUAGCUUUGCUUUGUGUCCAGAAAAAUCCAGAUGAUAGACCAUCUAUGUUGGAGGUUUUCUCAAUGCUAAAAAAUGAAACAAUAGAUAUGAUGAUUCCAAACAAGCCUGCAGUUUUUUGGAAACCGAAUGAUGGAAACCAACAAAAUGAUGCUACUGCACAGUCAGAGAAUUUUACAAGAAGCAAUUCUAUUAACAAUGUAACACUUACAGAAGUAGGAGCUAGAUGA